UCUGCAUCCCCGCGCCCCACCGCGUGCCAGACACAAUGGAUGCCAUGGCGACGCCGCUGCUGCUGCUGCUGUUGCCGUGCCUCGCGGUCCCGGUGAUGAGUACGGAUGUCGGCAAGGCGCGGAGUUGUGCGGAGGUGCGACAAUUCUACAGCGGCAAGGGGUUCACGCUACAAGGAGUCCCCCAGAGCGAGAUAUCCGGGGAGCACCUGCGUGUGUGUGUGCAGGGCUACACGUGCUGCACGAGUGCCAUGGAGGCCACGCUGGUGUCACUGGGCAGGAGGGAGAUGGAGGGCGUCGUACGGGAGGCCGGGAGAUCCGUACAGGCCACGCUCAACGCACAGUACCGCAGCUUCGACACAUAUUUCCUGGAACUCCUGGAUGGCUCGGAGCGCUGGCUGGAGUCCGAGUUCAGCUCGCUGGGCGCGUUGUACGAGCGCAACGCCGGCGUGUUCCGCGAGUUCUACGCCGAGUUGCGGCGCUUCUACCGCGGUUCCCCCGUCAGCCUGACGGAGGCGCUGGAGAGGCUGUGGAACGCGCUGACGGAACGGCAGCUCAAGGCCGCGCCCCCUGGCGACAACGAGAACAUCACCGCGGCGACCAGCGAGGACUUCCUGGACUGCAGCCUGAAGGAGGCGGAGAUAAGCCAGCUGUUAGGCCCCUCCCCACACAGCCUGCAGACGCCGCUGGUCAGAACCCUCCUCAGCGCACGGGCCUUCGCACAAGGGCUCACUACCGCCGGGGAGGUCAUACGCAAAGUCUCCCAGGUGCCUCUAAGUGACUCGUGUAACGACGCCCUGAUGAAGCUGAUGUACUGUGGCCAGUGCCAUGGCGUGGGGGGGCUGAAGCCGUGCGCUACCUUCUGCUCUAACGUCAUGAGGGGCUGCCUAGCCAACCAGGCAGACCUGCAGCCGGAGUGGGACACACUCAUAGCUACCCUGGUGCAGGUGGCCUCCAGCUUUGGUGGGCGCCCGAGUCUAGACGAGGUGUUGUACUCCAUUCCAGUGGCCAUCUCAGAGGCACUACGCCACCAACAGGACAACAUGGAAACCUUUACACAGAAGGUUCAGCAGGUCUGUGGAACGGAGGUGACUGUGGAGCCAACUGAGAGCCAAUCAGAAUCAUCGAGGAGGAAAAGGGGCGUGUCCGUCCUCGAGUACAAAACAUCCAGCACUGCUGCUGUACGGCUAGAGGUGCAGGUUUCAGAUGUGUCCAGUAAGCUCAAGGAGAUGCAGAACUUCUGGCCCCAUCUGCUGGGCAGUUUGUGUAAGAGCAGGGCUGCCUCCACUAAUGACCGCUGCUGGAACGGGAUGGGCAAGGCCAGGUACCAGCCCGAGUUGGUGGGCGCUGGUUUGGCCAAUCAGAACAAUAAUCCGGAGGUGGAGGUUGACAUCACGAGGCCGGACAUGACCAUCAGACAGCAGAUCAUGACGCUGAAGAUCACCACCGCACGCCUGCUCACCGCCCUGUCAGGACACGACGUAGACUACAUGGACACCAGUGACGAGAUGAGUGGUUCUGGCGGUGGCCUGUGCCUGGAUCCGCCCUGCGUUCACUCCCGUGUGCCUGUAUCCAGAUACUACCCCACAGAGAUCAAGAGGGCAAAGGGAACAGCCAACCAGAUUACGGCACGUCACACUCUUCUGCUGCUGCCAUUGGCCUGCCUUCUGCUGAGGCGGGACUAGGAGGAGUGAUGAGGUGUGUGGGCUAGCAACACAGCUGGCAAAGCUGAGAACUGACAUCACUUCCUGUGUCUACCAGACGUCAGAAUGUUUACAAGGGAGAAUUGGCAUUCUCUUAAAUCUUCUGAUUGGCUCUGCAAAGGGUUUCACGAUCGAUUUCCCCAUCACGAGCAAGUGCAGAAUGGGAAGUGGCUAAAAUAAUAUGAGUUGAAUCAUUUUUUAUUAUAAUUUUUAAAAAUAACUUGUUUUAGACAUAUGGAUUUAUUGUGCCUCAGGAUUAUUAAACAAUGAGUCAUCACA